CUCGAGACAUGGGCGACACAUGGCUUGCGAAACACAUGCUAGCUUUGGAUGAGGUAAGUAUAGGCGAGGUUGGAGUAAAGAAACGGAGUUGUCAUGUUGCUCUCCGCCUGCAUCGCUGCCCGACUAAGCUGAAGUCUCUCUUUAAAGGGCCAGCAACUAGGACGCUCUUAUCCGGCUAGAUUCUGGAGGCUCAUACCCCAGGGAGAACAUGGCAAACAAGAUAGCGGAUAGACGGCGUGUUUACCUCGCAUGUCGAGCCAUCUUUGUGGGCCAGAAAGCGGAGCUACGGAAACAGAAAAAGAUACGCGAAGAGAUUGAGAGGUGGCCGCAGGUGCUAAGGUCACUUACCAAUGGCUUGAGCGUAGAGAAUGUGGUCGAGAUUCUUCGCGACCUCCUAUCACGGCAUAUCUUUAAAUCAGAGCUCAAAGCGAAGGCGGAAUUUCCCGACUUGUUCUACACGCCACCGGAACAGGAGGUCAAACGCGAAGCAUCCGAAGUUAAAGCUGCUAAGUCGACAGCCGAGGUACUAGACGAAGUUGCCAGCGUAGGACAAAACGACGUCGAAUGCAAUAUCGAAGUUGAAGAGCAUGCUACCAAGCAGACCAAUGAAAACACCGCCAAACAAACUGACGAGGACGACGUAAAACAACCUGAUGAAGGUGUCACUAAGCAAGUUGCCGACGAUGCCACCAAGCAAACUGGCGAGGUGCUUCACGAAACUGAAAGAGAUAGUCCGCGCCCUAAAACCGAGUUCCCAAGCACCGGGAAUGUGACUUCACAUGUGACUUCACAACAGCUAGCGACAUUGCCUUCAUUAUACCCAACAUACAUUCCGUAUAAGGCACAACAUAUCAUUCUGAGUGAGGCGCAACGUAUGCUAGAAGAAAGCUGCUUUAAAUUCACUAAGAAGCAUAUGCCAGCACUUCUCGAGAAUACUGGGUUGGACUGCGCUAGUUCGCUCGAACUUACAAAAUGGACGCGACUGCUGGCUAAGAUGGCCGACGAGAUACCCGAAGCGGCGUUUGACUUGGGAGCAAUGCCUUUGAGAGAAGUGUUAUUCUCGACGGAUAAGCUGCGACACAGCGCGGUUCAUAGGGUCCCGAUGACUGCCCGUAGCAUAAAAGAUCUGCUCAAGUCAGCGGUGACCCUUGCAUUUACGAUUGGCGACCACAGGCAUGCGGGCCAGCUCGAGGAGAUAUGCUACGAGCUAGAUAGUAAGGUCAAGGCAAUGGAGAUGAAUAAAAAUGCACUGGUGUAUUCUGCCACAGCUGAUCUGCAGGAUAUUCAACGGCGGCGAGAAGAGUUGGAUAAGCUGGAGAAAGAGGUGCUUGCCACCAUGGUGAAAAACGACCAGAAGAACAGAGGCUUUAUCGGAGCGCUACUGGAGGACUCGGUGAGUAGGAUCUUGGAAGGGAAAACGGAGAUAGAGACGGAGAUGGAUGACGAGUUGAAGAUUGAGGAAGAUGAAGAGGAGUUCUCAGAGUGUCAUACAAGUGUGGAGGAUUUUGAAUAGGAUUCAGUUGUAUAAUGACCACUCGUGGUAUAUUGUUGUGUAAUUUGAUAUAUGUAAUUCGAGAUGAUAUAUUCCGUAUAAUAUUAUAAUUUUAACACAUUCGAUCAAAUCAUUAAAAAUUUCAUCAAUAUUACCUCAUAUCCACGUCUUAUUAGUACGUAUGUACGUAUUAGUU